AUGGCCUGGGCAGACACCACGCUGCUGGAGCUGGCGAUGCCGGCGCUGGAGGCGGUUCGGGAAGACGGCGAUGCCCAGGCCCGUGCGGGGACGCCACACGCGAAUCUCGACGACGAGCCCUCCCACGAAUCGGCGCCUCGGGUCGUUUCCGCGAAAUUCCCCCCCGCGAACCCCCCUCAAGGACCCAGACGACGGGAGACUAACGAUGCGCCGCCGAGGUAUCGAGUGGAAAUGUGCGCAGGGGUGAUCGAUCGUGAGGGAAGGGCCGCCCUGGCGCCACUCGGUGUGGUGGAUUUCCGGCAGGUCUUAGACGAUUGCCCGUCGUUGCUUUUCCCGGUUCGACAAGUCGACGGGGUCCACCAUGGCACCCUGCUCGCGGAGACGGCAUAUCGCCUAGGGGACCCUGUUUUCUUCGCGUGCUCACGGCACGAUUAG